GGAUCAGGCAGCCAGACUGGGAGUGUGGCAGCUCAGCAGUGCACUUUGCCAACUGCGGACGCGCUUCAUCGCCCUGUGCCAGCUGGCACUUCAUUUCGUACAGAGGUGGAGGUGCUAGGUGUUAGGGUGCGUGUCCCUGAAGGGCCCCUCCAACGCUCCUGAAUCUUCCUCCACUCGACUCUCCUUCUCUGGGACCCUCUUGCAAUCCAGCCUUCACCUCGGGAACUCUUUCAAUUGGAAAGUAGCCCUGUACCCCGGACCUGAGAUCUGCCCACCUAACCCCUUCCUAUUUGGGACGGCUUUUAUUCCUACUUGUAAGGGAGUGAAGGGUACCCCAACCUUCUGCAAGGAGGUUGUGGCCCCAAGGGGCUGUUUCAACGUAGGGAUAUGAAGGUGAGUGAGAAGUGAGCGGAUUGGGCCAAAGGUGUUCUGCUCUGAAACCAAAGGAAAAAGAUUGGGAUGGGAAUAAACUGAAGCUUUUUUUCUGGGGCAUCUGGAGGGACAUAGUAUGAAGAUGAUAAGGAAAUUCAAAGCUCUUCCAAGGGCUUGUCAGAAUAGUGCCUUGAGACUAGCUAGGGAAUUCUUCCCCACUGGAGUAUAGAGAGGAUUAAAAGGAAAAGAAGCAUUUUCUGAGUGUGCCCUAAGUAGAAGAUAUAUCUAAGAUGCCUCAGCCUAGCAGGUUCUACUGGAGGUCUUUUUGUCUCUCCUCCUACCUUCUUACAGAAUUGCAGGCAUCUCUCCCACACUGAGUGAGCUAUAAGAGGUCUCCAAAGAAGGGGAUUCUGACCUUAAACCCAACCACCAGAGUCUGACCUGUUUGCCUGAUUUCCCACAUCAUCCCACCCUAUCCCGUUCUCCUUGCUCCCUGGGUCACAGGUGGGUUGGCCAGGUGAGGGCCAAUGGCAGGUGGGGCUAGCAGGUGAGGAGUGCCCAGCUUUGGCAGGAUCAACCACAGAAGGACUCCUAGAUGUUGUGCCUGAAGGGACAUUGUUCAAUAUGGUGUUGAGAAAGAUUCAUCGGCCCUGGAGUUGUUCUUACCAGCUGCAGCUAGAGCACAGGACACCCCCCAGCCGGAUUCAAGGUUUGCGCUGGACACCACUUACUAAUAGUAACGAGACACUGGACUUUCAUGUGAGCCUGGAACAGGCUACUUCAGAGCAUGUGCUUAGGGCUGGGAAGCUGCUGCAUAGGCAUCUUCUGGCUACCUUUCCUACCCUCAUACGAGAUCGGAAAUAUCAUCUCAGAUUGUAUCGGCAAUGCUGCUCUGGGAAAGAGCUGGUUGAUGGAGUCUUGGCCUUAGGGCUUGGAGUUCAGUCCCGAAAUCAGGCUUUGGGCAUCUGUCAAGUUCUCCUGAAUGAGGGAGCCCUUUGCCAUGUGAAACAUGAGUGGGCCUUCCAUGACCGAGAUACUCAUUUCUAUCGAUUCCCUGGGCUAGAGACAGACCCAGAUAACAUUCAAGAAAUGGAGGAGCUGAUUGAGGCUGUGACACUGCUCUCUCAGCGAGGACCUGAUGCUCUGCUCACUGUGGCACUGCGUAAGCCCCCUGGGCAGCGCACAGAGGAAGAGCUAGACCUAAUCUUUGAGGAGCUGCUCCAUAUCAAGGCCGUGGCUCAUCUGUCCAACUCGGUAAAGAAGGAGUUGGCUGCUGUGUUGUUGUUUGAGCCAAGCAGCAAAGCAGGCACUGUGUUGUUCAGCCAAGGAGAUAAGGGGACCUCUUGGUACAUUAUCUGGAAGGGAUCUGUUAAUGUGGUGACCCAUGGCAAGGGCCUGGUGACAACCCUGCAUGAAGGAGAUGACUUUGGACAGCUAGCUUUGGUGAAUGACUCACCCCGAGCAGCCACCAUCAUUCUUCGUGAAGAUAACUGUCAGUUUUUGCGGGUGGACAAACAAGACUUCAACCGUAUCAUCAAGGAUGUGGAGGCAAAUACAAUGCGUUUGGAAGAACAUGGAAAAGUAGUACUGGUGCUGGAGAGGACCCCUCAGAGCAAUGGCCCAGACUGUUCCCUGAAUCCAGGCAGGAACCGGUACACAGUGAUGUCAGGCACUCCAGAAAAAAUCUUGGAACUGCUGCUGGAGGCUGUGCGGCCAGACUCGAGUGCCCAUGAUCCCACAGAGACAUUCCUAGGUGACUUUCUCUUGACCCACAGUGUCUUCAUGCCUAGUGCCCAUCUCUGUGCUGCUCUCCUGCAUCACUUCCAUGCGGAGCCAGCUGGUGGCACUGAGCAGGAACAUGGCAUUUAUAUCUGUAACAAGCGGCAGAAGAUCCUAAGGCUGGUCAGCCAAUGGGUGACCCUGUAUGGCCCCCUGCUCCACAUAGACCCAGUAGCCCCAAGCUUCCUACAGAAACUCUCAGAACUGGUAAACAGGGAUAUUCAGCUCAUCAGCCUACUAAGGGAGCAGGGACCAGAGAGACGGUGGCACUAUGGGUUAGAAAAUGGCAGUGGAAAUAUGUCACCACAAUUAAAGGAUCAAACAAUUCCCAUCUGGUUCCCUAGCUAUGAUGAUUACUUCCUUAGCAACAGAUAUGCUAUCCAAGCUCUGGACAAAGUCCCCUAUGACAUAUGCCGACUAGACCACUCAGUUCUGACACUGCAUCUACCAGUAACAGCUUCUGUGAGAGAAGUGAUGAACACAUUGGCACAGGAGGAUGGUUGGAUACAAGGCCAGGUGCUGGUGAAGGUCACCUCUUCAGGCGCCAUAGCUUCUCCCACAGACACCAUUAGUCUACAACCAGAUGCCCGUGGUGUGGCAACAUCCCUAAGACUCAACGAACGGCUCUUCAUUGUUAACCCACAGGAAAUGCACAAGCUGACUCCACACCCUGAUCAGCUUGGGCCCAAUGUAGGUUCAGCUGAGAUGUUAGACUUGGUGAGUGCCAAGGACCUGGCCAACCAGCUGACUGACCAUGACUGGAACCUCUUUAAGAGCAUCCACCAGGUGGAGUUGAUCCACUAUGUGCUGGGACCACAGCAACUCCGAAAUGCCACCACUGCCAACCUGGAGCGCUUCAUGCGGCGUUUCAAUGAACUGCAGUACUGGGUGGCCACAGAGCUGUGCUUAUGUCCUGUACCUGGUCUUCGGACUCAGUUGCUCCGAAAGUUCAUCAAGCUGGCUUCUCACCUCAAAGAACAGAAGAACCUCAACUCUUUCUUUGCCAUCAUGUUUGGUCUCAGCAAUUCUGCCAUCAGCCGUCUUGCUCUUACCUGGGAGCGGCUGCCCCAUAAAGUUCGGAAACUAUAUUCUGCACUUGAACAGCUCCUGGACCCAUCUUGGAAUCAUCGUGUGUAUCGAUUGGCACUUACCAAGCUGUCCCCACCCAUCAUUCCCUUUAUGCCCCUCCUCCUCAAAGACAUGACCUUCAUCCAUGAGGGAAACCAUACACUGGUAGACAACCUUAUCAACUUUGAGAAGAUGCGUAUGAUGGCCAGAACUGUACGAAUAUUGCACCACUGUCGAAGCCAUAGCUCUGCGCCACUGUCACCCCUCCGAAGCCGUGUCUCCCACAUACAUGAGGAUAGCCAGGCUGUGAAGAUUUAUACUUGUUCAGAGCAAUCCUUGAGUGCCCGAAAUCUGGCCAGUGCCCGGGCAUAUAUCCAGCAGCUGAAGGUCAUUGACAACCAGCAAGAACUUUCUCGUCUCUCCAAAGAACUAGAGCCUUGAUGGAGUCAAUAUGGCUUUCAUAAAUCUGGAGAGACAUAGCUGAUAAAAGUUGGAAGGAUCCUUGGACCAAUAGAUCCAAGAGCUGGAUGGAUUCUUUACUGAGAGUAUGUAUUUGAGGAGCAAUAGCAUUUGAGGAACAGAUAGCAUGGAUCCAGUGGACCAUCCAGUGAUGACUGGCAACCAAGGAGAGAACUGAGUCAACACUUAAAGCUCUGUAAUAGAGGAUGGUGGAAACCCAUGUUCAAGGGAAAGCUCUAUACAUCACGUUUUUCUAAGACCUUGGCUAUUGAUCUUAUCAACUGACCAACGGACCAAGAUUGGGAAGCUUGGCACAAAAAAGGUUCCUGUAAUUUGUUCCAAUAGGGGCAAGAAGAAGAGGAAGAGGAGGGAAAAAAGAAAAGAAUGAUAGAGGGGACUGCUGGAGCUGGGAAAUUUUCUUGGAGGAACAGAGGUUCUGUUUCCUUUAUCCACUACUUUUCAUACAAUUGCUGUACAGAGGGCAUCCCUGGGACUCCUGGUGAUGCCCAGUGAAUCAGCAAACAGUUGUAUAUCUGUCAUGUUUAAGUCACUGUCCCUAUGAGCUGCAGGUGCUGCUCAGAAGUCGAACAAUUUCUGACUUCAAAAAGCUUAUGGUUCCAAUGAAGAGACAAGAUGUCAAUGAGAUGUAAAGUUAGUUUUCAUGUGUAGGAUACCUGUUUCUGAGGAGUCUUGCUAUGCAAAAUAGGGAAAAGACAGGGGUGUGUGAUGUAGAAUAUGUGCAACUCACAGAAUGAAUAUAAUUCUGUAUUCAUCAUAGAUGAGUAAUACUUGGUUGAAUGAACCCCAUAGCCUUGGUAUCCUUGAGACUGACUCAGAAGAGAUGGAUUAGUUAUGGAUUUCCAGAGGGCUUUUGGCCUUUGUUCUACUUUUUUUAAAGAACUCCCUUGGCUUUGUCAACUAUUGCAUAGGAUUAUUAGGACAGUGAAUACCCCAGUACACAAAAUUCAAUGCCAACUUUUUCUGCUCUCGGAAAAAUGUCUCUUUCUUCCACAGCUUUGGUUAAUAGGUGUGCCUGACAUAGUUCACCAGCUGUAGGUUUAACUUUCUCAAAGUGUCCAGUGCCUAGGAGGUAGAUAAGGUGCUACUCAGCAGCUUCUAGUGGUUUGAUCUAUGGCUAUAGCUGUGACCAAGUCAAGCAGAAACAUUAGGAAGUGACUCUCAUAUAUUUCUUCAAUGACAAUGGGCCAGAGCAGCUGAGGGAAAAAAGGAAGAAAAAUGUUUAUGAAUUCUGAAACAUGGCAAAGAAUGGGGUGGUAAAGGCCUAAAAGAGGAGCUAGAAAUAAUAAACCAAAAUUCAUCAUUAGUGAUCAGUCUUCCUAAUAAGCCCAAAUGUCAAUGCCAAGCUGGCACUGAAGAGAUUUCUGUAUCUCCUUUGUCUUCCCCCAUGACUAUUUGCCACUCCAAGGGACCAUUUGCUUUCCAAAGAGCCAUUGUGAGAUCAUGCCCUUUGUUGCUGAAUUUUGCAGUACUGGAGAAGGUCAUAACACAGGAUGGGAUCCUGGAGAGUGCUUGGGCACUGGGCUAAAGGGCAUUUUCCAACACUAAAUAGGGAGCAGCAAUACAAGUGCUGAAGAUAAGAAUCCCUGAAGAAGAGAAGGAAUAUCAGUGCUCGAAAGAGGCAGCUUUGCUACUCUUACUCUGUAUACUAUUCUUUAUAGUAAGUAUUUCCAGAAACCUUUGACUCUAUCCCUACUCCCUCUAGAUACAUUCUUUAAAUGCUUGAUUUUUUCCAACAGUACAUACAGUAAAAAUGGGCCCAUGUGUGGAAAGAAGGAGAUGUAUAGUCUGGCUGUAUCUGUGUAUGCAUGUGUAUGUGUUUGUUGAAAAGGGAUAGUAUGUAACAUGGACCAUGUGUGUCCAUAUAUGUGUAUCUUGAGGAAAGUUAAAGAAUUGCCAGUUUGCAUCCCUUUUCCUUACCUCCACUCCUCAAAAUAGUCUAGUAGAAAGUAUGCUGAUUUGGAGUCAAAAGACCUCAGUUCUAUUCUCAUUUUUGCCACUUCCUGCAUGGAACUGGACUGGUCACAACCUCCUUAGGUCUCAGUUUUCUCAUCUGUACAGUAAGGAGUUUGACCAGAUGACUUCUAAGAUACCUUCUACCUAUAAGUCUAUGAUGAUCUGCUUCUGUUCCUCAGCCUUGAAACCCUUAUGAAUGGUCUGUUAGGUAUGAGGCAGUCUGGAUUAAUUGUGGGGUGUAAUAAGGAGGAGUCAUGGAGUCCCCAGCAGGCUGAACAGGAUCUGGUAGAAAAAGGCUAAUAAGGCAGAGGAGUUAAAACUUCUGAGGUAAUAGCAAUACACUUCCUUUCAGUUUGAUCCUUCUUAUACCAUCUCCUCAACAUGGAGCUUUUGUUUCCAUAUUUUUUCUGGGUCUUUAUAAUGAAAGGCACGGGAGUAAGGAAGAAACAGAAUAAUACUUAUGUUCAUACUUCUUUGAUUUUUGCCUGUCUUCCAAUUCUAGGUUCUUUCUGAGGGAGAUUUUAUUUUUAUAAUACAUGUAUAAAUCUUUAUAUAGUAAUAAAUUUAUAUUUACACAGUACAUUUUACUUUUAAAAGUACUUUCAAAUCCAUUACCUCAUAUUGUCUUUACAAGUUAAGGAAGGGGGGAGGGUGUUGUUAUCACGCAGUUGAUUUUCCAGUUGAGGAAACUGAGAUUCAAUGAUACACACUUGCCCAAGGAUACAAAGACAGUUAAUAGUUGGUUAUAUGGAUGAAAUAAAUGGCAACUCACCUGUUAUAGUCAUGCCUCAA